AUGUCUUCCAUAGCUUUGAAAUUCUUAUCUGUCCCAGCCGUGGCAAAGCAUACUGCUACUAUCAUAUUUGUCCAUGCAAGGACUCAACCUCCGUCAGAAGGCCUUGGAGACACUGGCUAUGGCUGGGAACCUGUUGCAGACGACGCAAGCAGUGAUUCCGCUCUCCAGCAUAUAAAGUGGAUUCUUCCACAUGCCCCGAUUAAACCUGUUACGGCGAACAUGGGUAUGGCAAUGCCAAGCUGGUUCGACAUCAAGGCCUUCGGUGCAGGUUUUAGCCAUGGUGAAGACGAGAAGGGGAUGUUAGAGACUGUCGGGUUGCUUCAAGGCCUCAUUGAUGCGGAAGUGGCUGCUGGUAUCGACCCCAGUCGAAUCAUCUUGGGUGGUUUCAGCCAAGGCGCGGCGAUGACCUUGCUAACUGGGUUAACCACCCCUACCAAGUUGGGUGGCUUGGUCGUUCUGAGCGGCUGGCUUCCGCUGAAGGAGAAGAUAAAAUCGAUGAUAUCCCCUCACGCAACCUCGUUGCCUAUAUUUUGGGGGCACGGAGAAGCGGACCCUUUGGUCAAAUUCGAAUGGGGCACCUUAUCCCGAGACUUCCUAUCCACGGAAGUUGGCAUUGCUUUAGCAUCGUCGAAAGCAGAUGCUAAGGGUCUCAACUUCAAUGGAUAUCGUGGUUUAGUCCACUCGGCUAGUCCUGAGGAAAUAAACGAUGUCAAGGCGUGGUUGAAGAAGGUUAUACCUGGUAAUUAA